GUUUACAGUAUACUGGCAGACCGAUCAGGAAAGAGAGGACUAUGAAAAAGUGCGACACUUCCAUUCCUCCACAUGGUUCUGUCACUGCAAAGGCGAGCUGCGCAGGCAGCGAUAUUAUACCUCUCAUAGGAAAGUUACAGAGUUGUUUUCAGCAGCGAAGUGCUCUAGGUAUCACAGGGCGAGUUUUCAGUCGCACUGGCAGUUGAACGUUUGAUUGCAGAACGUUGAACAUUUUUAAUUUGUUAUUUCGUUCUCUUUUUUUGAAGAUAUACGCGCACUAGAGACUGACUGCGCAGCGUCUCCAAAACGGACGGAAAGAUAGAGGAGACUUGCAAUAACUUUUACGCAAUCCGUCCAGUGUGGUUACAAUAACAUACGUUUAUUGAGUGACUGAAAGAAAACCGAUGCUAUAACAACAUUGGCAACUUUUGCAUACUUUCUCAACAUAACAUAAUUCUGAACAGCACUUUUUUUGGUACGUUUUCUGUCUAACCGAGAGAUUGAGAAAGAAAGAGAAACGAUGGUACAGCACAUGAGCCACGCAGAGAGCACAUAUUCAUUCUCUCCUGGUGGGGACUGCACCGAUACCGGAGAUAUGGACUUGGAGAUGGACGCGUCUCCGACUCCCGGGUCUCCGCUAUCCUCCACGGGAGGGGACCGAGGCAACGUCGCCUGGUGUAAAACCCCCACGGGACACAUCAAGAGACCGAUGAACGCAUUUAUGGUGUGGUCUCAGAUCGAGAGGAGAAAGAUCAUGGAGCAGAGCCCGGACAUGCACAACGCUGAGAUUUCCAAGCGGCUGGGCAAGCGCUGGAAACUGCUCAAAGACGCAGAUAAGAUCCCGUUCAUCCGGGAAGCAGAGCGGCUGCGACUCAAGCACAUGGCCGACUACCCUGACUACAAGUAUCGGCCACGGAAGAAGGUUAAGACGCCCAGCUCCAAGACAGAGCGGGGAGAGAGAGGAGAGAAAGCAGCGGAUAGAAGCGGGGGUUCUAGGUCCUCAUCGAAAAGAAGCUCUGGGUCUAGGGGGAACAGCAGAGCGCACAAGCCGGGACAGGGGAGCGCCAAGCUGCCUACCCAGGGGCAGGGGUGUGCGACUCCCGCGGAUCACCACACGCUCUACAAAUCCAGGUCAGUGACUGGUGCCCGGCAGAUACCAGACAAGCCAGCCAGGCGCGGCUACAUGUUUAGCGGGGGAGGGAGCUUGGACAGCGGGCCGCCCUCUGUGGGAGUCCCAGGGAGUCCCGCACUGAGCAGCUCGUCUGAGUCCUGUGACCCGAUGAGCCUGUAUGAAGACCAGGCGACGGGGGCGAACGAAGCACUUUCCUCCAACCUUUCAACAUCCUCACCAUCAUCGGCAGUCCGCCUCAGGUACACACGUGCGUCCUCUCCAACCCCGUCCGCCUCUCACUCCUCUUCGUCCUCCCUCUCUUCUUCCUCGGAUGAAGAGCUGGAGGAUGAGCGGUUCGAGCUACAGCCGAGCCCCGGGUUUGAGAGCAUGUCUCUGGGCAGCAUGGGACCAUGUGAGUCGGAGCUCGACAGGGACCUGGACUGGAGCUUCGGCGAGUGUGGGGCGGGAUCUCACUUUGACUUCCCCGACUACUGCACCCCCGAGGUCAGCGAGAUGAUAUCGGGAGACUGGCUGGAGUCUACCAUCUCCAACCUGGUCUUCACUUACUGAGCGGCGGAAAGGAGAGAAAACACAGAGAACAAGAGUGAAAGAGAAGCCCCGCCCCGCGCAAAUCUACAACCCAGUGAGUGCGAGAGAAGAAUCUUCAGACGUUCUUUCAGAUUAUUGGGGAGAGUGAAAUGUGAGCUAAACUAUCCCUCGUUUUGUAAAGAAAAGCCUAAUAUUAAUGACAUGUGUUUAGGUUAAAAUGUGCAGGGUGUGUGUUUCAAAAACGUAAUCGUCUGUUCCAUGUGGGUAUUGACAAAGACACGAACGGGGACAGACGGGCGCAUUGUUGCCUGGUGCGCAGAACAGAAGGAAAGUGCAUCGCUUGCAUUUGGAGAGCGAAGAGAGAAGGACUCUGAGCCCGCCUCUUUUUGAAGUGACACACACACACACACACGGACUUACUGAACUGAAGUAUUCAACCGGCCGCCAGGAGGAGGUUUGUAGGUUGAUGGUGAACAUGACUAUGGGUAAAUGGGCUUUUGGAGAGCUUGAUGUUGCCAUGGAGAUGAAAGCAGUAUUAGUGACCCUCUUCAUGUGUUGUUCUCUGUGUGGGCGGGGUUUAUGAAGGUAAUAUUCAGGUGGGGUUUUCUGAAGCUUAACAUGCAUGCGUUCCCUUGUGGAGUAGUCUGCACUGUUACAUUGACUGAUGCAUCUGAAAAUAUGGUUAUUACAAUGACAUUACCGCGCUGAUUGUGUGUGCGUGUGCGAGUGAUAGUGUGAGUGUGUGUGUGUGCGAUCACAGAACACAGUUCACAAAUCACCAGCUUUCCUAUCAACGGCAGGACUUUUAAUUAACAACUCAAACUCAGAAUCUUUUCUCUGAAACCUUUUACACUCUGAAUGCACAUUUCAGGACCAAUUCCCUUACUGCGCACCGCCUAGCACAUCUGGCUGUAGUUAUUCUAUAUCAGAUGACGUUUUUUUUUUAUAUCGAUGUAUUUACAC